GUCUGCUGAAGUGAUCAACAAAAAUGGGUGGAUGCCAGUGGAUUGAUGUCCUUUGGUGAAAAGUCUUUGAAUCUAUAGAUUCUCCCUAUCGUCUCAACUUUGGCUCGUUUUUCUCUGAUGAAAUUGGCUAUUUGAUAUGGAAGAAUGGUUACCAGAGACGCCGUAGUGCUAUUUGUUCUCCUGGUGGCGCUUUGGAAAGGUGGUUGCUUAGGAGACAAUACCUUUAUUCAAGCUGUUGAUUAUGGAGAAAACAUCACUCUACCAUGCUUCCCUCACAUCCCUGAUGAUGACGAGGCAUUGGAUGCGGAGGACGGUUGGGAAAACCAUGGCAAUGCCAUGUGGGUGAGGCAAGGGAGAGAGGAUAAGCAAAUCUCCCGCAUGUCGGUCCAGAAAGAUGGAAGCCUCUUCCUUUCGGACCUGGACCACAAUGAUUCUGGUGUUUACCUGUGCAUUGUGGACGAUAAAGUUCAAAUGAAAGUGAGGCUGGAAGUAAGAGUUCCUCCACCAGCUCUAGCCAAUGUAACCAUAAUACCUUCCACAGUUCUGGCCCUUCUUUUGUGGGAGGUUUCAGACCCUGGUGGCUAUCCAAUAUCACACUUUUCUGCUCGAUAUCGUCUUAAAGACACGCCAAAAACACCUAGCCAUCAUAAUGAAGAAACAGCACCUCUGGACUAUUCAUGGCAUUGGGUUGUGCCAGAACAAAUUAAGCCUUUUGUGCGUGAAAUUGAUGUUUACCAACUGCGCCCUAACUCAUCAUACUUGUUUGAAAUUUGGGCUACCAAUCAUUUGGGUUCUGGUGAAAUCACUCAACUUGAGACACAUACUAAAAAUAAUGCAGCUGAAAUAGAACUUGCAAGGCAUUUACUGGAAGGUGCUGAAACAUUUGAUACUCGAGUAUGGGUUGCUGCUGUGGCAAUUGUGAUGGGAACUCUUGUCAUGUUGGCUUUGGGAACUUGCUACCUACUUUACAAAGAGUGUCAUAUUCCUAACAUGAAUUUAGAUGAGCAUGAAAUCAUGGAGCUGGUUCCAAAUAUUAUUCUGAACCCUGGGUUUCAUGAUGAAGAUGGCAGUAUUGCCUUGGAUGGCCACUAUGAGAGAGAUGAGAAUUGCAAUAAUCGACGUGCUGCACACACCAACAACAACUCCACCAUUCAGCCCUAUCGUAUUUGAUUGGAGGAUGGCCCAGAGAUGGAGGCAUACUUCUGAUGGAGCACAUGAAUAAAGAGUAGAGCUGCCCAAGUGCUUUUUGCACGUGCAUGCAUAAGAACCAUCGUCACUUUAGCUGUGAGCACCAUUGCACAUCACGAGUCCUGUCAGCACCAGCUGCCAGAUCAACGUAGAAUCACCAUGGGGCCAGAAAUAAUUUUACACAGUAGAUGUGUUUGAUUGGUUGUGAAUCGAACCAACCUGUCGGGUUAUAUGAUACCUUAUGCAUUCAUUAUAGGGAGCGAUCAAUCCUUAAAAAUGUGCUAAACAAUGCUGAACACCAACUGCUUACAUUUUCCUUUCAAUUCUAAGUUAAUGUUUUAGUACAACUGUAACUUACAGAACUUCUGUGUCUAAAGUCAUCCACUGAUAUUUUAUUCACAAGUGUUCUUUUAACAGUUACAUGUUUGAGCAGAGGUUUUCAGCAUUGUGUCAGAAUACAAUUCGACUCUUGUAUGCUUUCGCCUGUGGGCGCUGUUAUCAGCAAAAUUUACCGAUGAAAACCUGAAUUGCUCCCUACCUGGGGGUGGAACUGAAUGACUUUUAAGAAGCGGGAGCCAAAGCCUCCUGAAUUUUUGCUACCCACACUAUUGCAGGGUAAUUAAUAACUCAAAAUUUGAGGGUUUUUUACAUAUGGGUGAAAACUUUGAUUUUGCCCUCCUUACAGAUGGAUAAAUAAUGUUGAUCCAAGUGGAAUUUUAGGUAUGUUGUCAGUAUUGUUUUUUGUUGUCAUGUUUUUGACAUAAAUGUCGACUGAUAUGCCUUGGUAGGAUUUCUAGUUAUGGACAUAAGGUAAUCAUUCCCUUUGAAAUUCAACCUGAAGAAUUCCAUCUUAAUACCAUUUAAGCAGAUAAGAUAAUUAACUUAUUUCUCAAUUUUGUGUAAUAUUUUGGGUUUGACCAAAUAUUGUUAAGAUAAGUUGUACUUGAAGCUUAAAGAGCCUCUAUGAUUUGCCAGCAGUUGCUGUAGAUUCACUAACCGAACUGAGUUUGUUCAUAAUUGACUUUCAUCCUAAACAUCUUAGUUGUUUUCACAGCUUUAUUGCUCUAUCUGUAAUGUCUCUGAUGAAUGUUCUGUUUUUAAAUUGCUCAAAUGUUCCCAAAAAAGUAUUACUGCUGACUCAUACUUUAAAAUUAUUAUUCUGAAUGUGAUAUUUCCUUAAGUGUACUUUGUCAUAUGACAAGGCCAUCUCACAACUCAAAAUUGAGGAAAAGCAGGUCGUUUUACAUACCUUUGCACUCCUCUGCUUUCAUUAUUUUAUUGUAAUGAGAUGUCCAUUUCUCUUAUUCAAUGUGAUUUGCUUUUUUUUUUUCAUUUUUGUGUUGUUUUUUAUUAUUAUUAUCUAACUCCUGCUGCUCAGCAAUCUCUGCAUUCCUACCUACAUUCACGCCUUUCAUGCCAGCUCUCCACCUUCUCUUUCUCUUCAUUCAUGUGGCCAGGGUUUGGUCAGUAUAAGUGGUGCUCUUUUUAAAGACACUUGGCUGUUAUUAAUUUUAUUUUAAAGAUUCUUUAAUCUUUAUUUGUAAAUACUGUAUGUGGACUUUUAAUAGGAGGGCAGAACUUUCCACACUUUGGCUUCUGUAUCAUAACUGCGUUGUUACUGCGUCAAUUCCAAUAUGACAUCUUACCUUUGGCGUAACUUUAUCCCUGGUUCAACACACCACGGUAAAAUCUAGUCAUUUUGUUUUGUUAUUAUUUGUUUAUUUAUUUAUUUAUGUAACUGUUUGCUUACUAUUUGUUUUUUCACCUGAAGUUGAGCCACUAUGUUUUAAUUUGUGUUUCAUGAAUUUUCCUAUUAGUAUCUGAAAUGGAAUUGUGAUAAGCUUGCACCGCUCUUAAAUUUAGGAAACAGCUUUCUUUACUCUCCCUCUAACCAACCUCUAUCCUUAUUCACUUUAGAGAUCUGUAAUUGUGGCUUCCUCUUACUAUUAAUAAGCUCUAGGAAAUAAUCUUGUGCUUGCUUGUCCCAUGUUUCAAUUGUCCACCUCACUUGAUGUGUAUCUCUCUUUCUACGUCUCCCUGAUUUACUCACACUUGCUACUGCUACUUAUUGUCAAGAUUAAUCUUCACAUGUCUAUUUCAUAGAUGUAUAUAUGUGCUUAUUGCUUGAUUGAAUGAGAGAAUGACUGUAAUUAAUUUUAACCCAAUCAAAAUACUUAUCUAGAACUUAAUGUGUGUGUUCAAAAUGAGAUCCAUCAUAUCAGGUACUAUCUGAGGUGAGCUGCUGUUUCGGUUUCAAUUCAAUUUGAAUUCUCAGAGAGAAUUUCGCUUGAUUGUUUGUAUUGCUCUGUUGCUACUUGAUGUUUUGUUUUUCUUGUUAAGACUGGAUUGCUCAGUUAAUUCUUUUUCCUAUUUUCUGUGUUUUGUUAUAACACUGGUUGUUUAGAUAGACUGUUCCAUAGAGUGUGUGGCUGGCUAUGUUAUAGUUUUUCCAGCCUCAACUCCAUUUAAUGUAUGGACUUCUGCCUCCCUCAGAUAGGUUAAGUGUGUUGUGUGUAACAUGUUGUUAAUUAUAUCAAAAUUUGAGUGUAAGAGAUUUUUCAUUUCUUUUUAUUUUUUAUAUUGAUACAGGACUAAUAAGACUUGAUAACAAUGUCAUUACUUAAGUGUAAUACUUGAGGGCUCUAUUUAAAAUUCAUCCAAGUAUUCUUUUGUCUGACAAUUAUCUGCCAUGGCUUGCAGGGUUGUCUUGUAGCCUUUUUAUAAGCAUAGCCUGACACUGAUGUGUGAUGAAAUAUUGCCAUUGUUUUCUUCAGUAAUUCAAAGCAAUGAUUGUGACCUGAAUCAUUGAACAAAAUGGUGACACAGUUUGAACAUACUCUCUGGUGUAUCCUAUUUUAUCUGAGUGGAGUUUGCUUUGACAAUACCUUGGUAACACUAAUCAUAUUUUUCAUGCUUUAGAUUGAUGCAGCUCAGUUCCUAGACUUUUGUAACUUGCUUACAAAUAGAAAGAAGUAAAUGACUAAGUCACCGCACUUAGAUAUAAAUAAAAUAGGAAUGAAGACUACAAUGUUUCUAGUCUGGUGCAGUUCACAUGUUUGGAACUACUAGCUAAUCUUAUGAGGAGAAAUAUAUUCCGCCUCGCUGUGUAGGCUUUGUUGGAGGAGGAAAGGGAUGAAUCUCCUUGUAUCUUGCAUGAUGAAUGAAAACCCUUUCAAGUUCCCAUUCCAAAAGCUGGAGGUCUUUGUGUGAGAAGAGAUUAAGUGGAGGAAUGAGUCUUUUGUGAUAUUUUGUAGGAACCCGUUUCAUUUAGAAAAAAAAAAAAAAAAAAAGAUCAUAAAGAGACACCCAAGUGUUGAGAGCUGCAAGUGUUUUCUCUAAAGGUCCAUGUUCAUGCCAAAUGUUUUCUCUCUUCUCUAGUUUCAUCAAUGAACAAAUUUAUCAAAUGAUUUAUUUAAACGUGUGGGGCUCUUGUGUUUCAGUGUUAACAAAACUGUUCACAAGCCACCAUUUCUCUCUUUUUUUUAGCCCACAGUUGCCAGAAUAUUUUGAAUUCUGUUCGUUUUCUGUGUUCCUGUCAUGCUCCAUGUGGACCAAUUGGACUAACUAAACUGCCAUUCUAUCAAUGAAAUUUGAACCUAAACGUUCCCUUGUUUCUCUUUAUUUUUGGCAUGUCAUUUUUGGCAGAAAUAUUUGCAGUCUGACACCUGUGAAGCCCCCAUUUGUGUGUUCGGUAUCCAUGCAGUUUGCAUUAUCAUAUGCAAAGAUCUUUCAAUUAUAUUUUAUUGAGAUGUGUACUAUGGCUAUUCAUUCAUUUUUAUUUAUUCAAAAUAGUAGAUAACAAUUCUGUAUUAGGCAGGUUACCGGUAGUUGUAAGAUUAAGUUUUACUGUAUGUAAAGAUCCCAAUAACACAGCAGUUUCUCCACUCUGUUCUCUCUCUCUCUCUCUGAAGGAGGUGGCAAGAGUGGUAGCUGUGUGUAUGUAGUCUGUCGUGUACAAGUAAGAUACUAUGCAUCAUUCCUUAUUUCUUUGCUCAUGUUUUGGUAGGCACCUCUUCAAUGCUGUACAUGUGGGUUCCUCUCAUUUUUCUCUUAAUCCUUCUGAGCAUUCCCUGCACCUUAAAGAGUGUGAUUAAAAAUUUGGGUGACAUUCAAAAUAUCACUUUUGUGCAAUUGAUGCCUGAUAACUAGUGUCAGAAGAUAGUUCAGUGUUAUGCAACACAUGCCACACCCCAUAGAUAUUCAUUGCAACUGUAAACAAUUGAUGAUCUAAAAUGAAUGAAGUUUUUCUAAGCAGAGGAAGAGGCUUUUGUUUUUGACUUUAAACCAUGUGAUACAGUAUCUUAAUAAUGGUAUUAUCUCCUCCUCUUUUCAUUGCUAACUGAUAUGAAUAAAAUAUGCGACUGUACUGUACUUGGUUUAGACAAAAUGUCCAUAGUAACCCACUUGUUUUGUGUUCAAAGUCAUUACAUAUUUUGUAACGCCACUGUAGUUACAUUUUGCUAUAAAAAUAAAGCUGUAUGUAAUUUUGA